AUGACUGUUUGUGCACAGCUGCCCUGCUGGAUCGACGCUGAGUUUGGUGGUCAUCCCAUGUCCAAUGACAGAACACAUCCUCUGAGAAUUCCAUACUCAUUACCUGAGGUGUUUGGGCCGAGAAAACACACUCGGCAUGACUUGGUGCGACUGACUACAGAAAACCAAUCAAGAGAAAGAGAACGGGACAGAGACCGAGACCGAGCAACGACAUUAGAGGUUCCAGACCAGAUCAGGCCAACUCAGUAUCGCUCACGGUCCGUGUCCCCACACAGAGACGAAGCGAGCAGGGGACGGUCCCGCCCAGCCAACAUCCCUGCACAGAGGAGUCUGGAUGAGGUCCAGCACAGCCGGCGAUCCCGUUCCCCAACACGCUACCACGAUCGUGCCCGUGUGCAAGAGAGAGAUUGCGGAGAUGACAGUGAGGUCAUCUUGAUAGACAGAUUAAUGCGGGGUAGAAGCGCAGAGUGUCUGCACACCCAAAGUGUUGGCAGGAGUUCAUCUAAGUACAGUAGCACUCUGCCUCCCAAGAUGCCUUUAUUAGUCAAUGGAAUUCAUAAGGAUAUUUACAGGCUCUGGCUCUUCCUGCCCAAUGGUGAAUGUGGUCGUCCAUGCUGGGCCUCUACAGGGGCCAGUGUUCGCCAUCCCGCCCCAGUGGUGAACACCCUCAGAGCAUCCACUGCUGAGGCCAGCGGGGCAAGUGAAGCACUGGCCUUGAAGCUCUCCAGCAAAUCCCAAAGAGCCCUUUGCACUGAGAGGCACGUGCUUAUUUGA